GGGCAGCAGUAAGGUCCUUCCUGUAACACGGCCGAAGCCACAUGUUGGUGGUAAACAUCCUCUCUGGUGACUGUAGUGUUAGUGUUUAAAUCCCUUCGCGAUGGAGUCAGACACGCCGGCGGAGGUGAGCGCUGCUAUGGACUGCGACGGAAACACGGACACGUUUGAGACCGUCACAUCCAAGAGGAGUCAUAAACGGACGCGGGCCGCGGCGGAGGAGGACACGGUCCCGGCCAAGAGACCGCAGCUCCCCGCGCUGUCAGGAGAUCUGCUCACGGGAGGCUCAGUGGAGAUGCGCAGGGUGCCUGUUCCUGCUCACCGUUACACUCCUCUCAAAGAGAACUGGAUGAAGAUCUUCAGCCCCAUCGUGGAACAUCUGCAGCUCCAAGUGCGGUUCAACCUCAAAACCAGAAACGUGGAGAUCAAAACGUGCAGAGAAACAUCAGACAUCAGUGCUCUGACCAGAGCUGCUGACUUCGUCAAGGCGUUUGUCUUAGGCUUUCAGGUGGAGGAUGCUCUUGCUCUGAUCCGAUUGGACGAGCUGUUUCUGGAGACGUUUGAUGUGACAGACGUCAAACCUCUGAAAGGAGAUCAUUUAUCCAGAGCCAUCGGCAGGAUCGCAGGGAAAGGAGGGAAAACCAAGUUCACCAUUGAGAACGUGACAAAAACCAGGAUUGUGCUCGCAGACACGAAGGUUCAUAUUUUGGGAUCUUUCCAGAAUAUCAAAAUGGCACGAAUGGCGAUAUGCAACCUCAUUCUCGGAAGUCCUCCGUCGAAGGUGUAUGGCAACAUCCGGGCGGUGGCCAGCCGCGCAGCCGAGAGGUUUUAACACACCGCUCAUGGACUACAGCAGAAAUCACCGUUUACAUUAAUAGUGCCAUAUUGGCCUG